AUGUCACGAAAAACUUCAAGACGAUCUGGUGGUGUACAAUUAGAAGAAACAGCAGCUGCAUCACAAGGAAUGGAAGUUGGCGAUAGUCUUUGUUCUCAAAGACAAAUUUCUGAUGUAUGCGAAGCAGCAGGUCUUUCUGAUCAAGGUAUAAGUAAAACAAGUGGAAAUGAUAAUGUUUCUGUACAACAACAAGGUGGUGAAGCUAUAAAUGAAGAAGGAACAGGUACAGGUGAUGAACAACCUGAAGGACAAUUAUCAUCAUCAUCAAAUACAACAAUGACAAGUGUAGCCAAAGCCAUUCCAACUAAUGAAGCGGAUAUGUUAUGUACAACAAUUGAGAAUGUUUCUCAUGUUCGAUUUGAAUGGACUGUUGAAGAUUUUUAUCCACAAAUGUAUGAAUGUGGAGAUAUGAUUCAAAGUGAAGAAUUUCCACCAUAUGAUUUACAAAAAGAAUUUUGGACACUUCGUCUUUAUCCCAAAGGUCAUCAACGUUUAUCAAAAGAACAACAAAAUCAACCAUCAGCAGGUGGUGCAUCAUCAACUGAUGAUGAUUCAACAAUACAAUUUUAUUUAACAUUAUGUCCAUCACAUGUUGCAUCUCAACAUCCAUCUAAUGUAUCUGCAUCAGCAUCCAAUGGUGCUGGUUCAACUAAUCCAAAUCAUAUAGCAUCAUCAUUAAUGAAUACAUCAUCACGUCAACUUCAAGUUUACUUUCGGGCUCUUAUUAAUUUUUCAAAUCCACAAGGUCGUAUAUUUCAUACUGAAACUGUUCAUGAUUGUGGUGGUAAUAUAACUGAUGAAUUAAUUAUAAUGAAAAUGUCACGUGCUACAUGUGAACAAUUAUAUAAAGAUUCAAAAGAUCAUUUAAUCAUUAGUAUUGAAUUAAUGUCAAUUGAUGAUUUAGCUAAACGUAGUAUGAAAACAAGUACAUCAAAAAUAGUUGAAGGUUCAUCACGUGUUGUAUCAAAAGUUAUGAAAAUGAAAUUACGUUGGAAAAUAGAAAAAUUUUCAACAUUAGUUAAUGAAUCACCAAAUAAUAGUUUUAUUGAGUCAUGUGAAUUUACAUUUAAUAAACAACGACCUGGUAAUACAACAAAUAUACAAACAGCUGCACCUGAACAAAUCGAAGAUGAUGAACAAUUAACAAAUGGUUCAAAUAUAAAUGAAAAUAAAACACCAGUAACAACACCACCACAAAAUGACAUUCCACCACAUCAAUGGUCACUUAUACUUUAUCCAAGUGGUAAAACAGAACGUUUUAAAGAAUCAUUAUCUGUCUUUUUGGAACAUACAUUUGGUCCAAGUGUUCGUGUUGUUAUACGUUUUUCAUUAAUUGAUGCACGUGGACGUCGUGUUAAUACAAAACAAUUACCAUCACAUGUAUUAGCACCUGGUGAACGUUGGGGUGUUGGUGAUUUUAUUAAACAUUCAACAUUAUUACAAGCACAACAACAAUUAUUUCCUGGCAAUGAACUUCGUUUAUAUUGUCAAAUUAAAAUUCUUGAACGACAAUCUAUUGAUGAACGUAAAUAUAUAUCACGACCAUUAGUUGCAUUACCACGUACAAAUAUAAAUAAAUCAAAUGCAACAGCAUCGAUUAGUGAUGAUCCAGCAACAUAUUGGCCAACAUUAUUUUAUACAGCAUAUUUAGAAAAACGUAUGUGUGAUAUGUAUUUACGAUGUGGUAAUGAAUUACAUAGUGUUCAUAAACUUAUACUUGGUCUUCGUUCAAAUGUACUUGCAAGAAUGAUUAAAGAAAAAGAAACAACAACAGUUCAUCCAACAGCUGUUAGUCCACCGGCAAAACCAACUCGUCAUGGUAAACGAGGAACAGCUUCAGCAGCUAAUACAACGAGUGAAAGUAUGGAAACUGAAACACAAGCAACUAGUGGAGGUGAAGAUCCAUCACUUCUUAUAAUUGAUAUUAAUGAUAUUGAUCGUAAAACAAUUCUCUAUUUUCUUGAAUAUGUUUAUACGGGUGGAAUUAAAAAAUUAGCUGUACCAGGUGCUGUUAUAUCACAUACACUUGUUAUUGAUUUAUUAACAAUUGCUGCUAAUUAUGAAAUGCCUGAUUUAAAAACUUAUGCGGAAUAUUAUCUUAAAGAUAUUAUCCGUGUUGAUAAUGCUUGUGAGUUACUUAUGUUAAGUGAUAAUAUGAAAUCUGAAAUGUUAAAACAAACAACAUGUGAUUAUAUUGCUAAUAAUUUAGGCAAUGUUAUGGAAACAACAGGUUGGACUGAACUUAAGGCAAAACAACCGGAUUUAAUUGAUACUAUUCUUAAAUCAUGUUUACUUUUACGUAAAUAA